AUGUCGUAUCCUGGUCAACCUAAUUAUGGUACAUGUCCUCCUCCACACUAUGAAGGAAAUCCUGGUUAUUGUCCUUCUCCACACUAUGAAGGAAAUGCAGGUUAUUGUCCUCCGCCACCUCCAACGAUUAUAGCCUAUCAUACCGUUGGUAAUUGUCCUAGUUGUCAUCAAGGCUUUUUAACAUCGCAGGUCUCUUGUUUGGAACAAAGAUGUUCAUUGUGUGGAUAUACAGUAUAA